AUGGCAGCUCGUAAAUCGCAUGUUGGUUAUGGAGUUUUGGUUAUAAUUGCGCUGAUUUUAACAGUUGUCGCAUUGUUCACACCUGGUUGGAGAAGUUAUAAAGGAAGUGGAGCACCGGAUAUUGGAUUAGUUAGUCGAAAUUGUGGAAAUGGGAAUCGACAAGUUCUCGAGUAUGAUUGUGCACUCUAUCAGAAGGUUUGCCUAUUUUUCUGAACUCCUAAAUAUCAGAAGAUCAAAAAAUGUUGAAUUUUACUCAUGCAAUCUUAUGAUCAAAAAUUGAUCAGAUCAUAUUAGAUUCUACAAAAAGUUUGAGACCCUAUUCGAUAUAACUAUAUCUUCUUUCAGCACCAACUUCCAUUCGAAAAAACCACGUUGGCAUUUAUGAUAAUCGCAUUAAUUCUUGAAAUUCUCUCAGUUUUCGUUUUUUGCGGAAUGUUCAAAGCUGGUCCAUCUUUGGGAUCACCCGCAUUGGUUUUGAACACAUUGGCGUUUGUCAGUUUAUUUAUUGCGGUUUUGGUGUAUGGCGUCAGAAUUCAAUAUAAAUAUGGUGAGAACUGAGAGGGAUUACUGUAGUUCUGGUCCAGAAAUUCAAAAAAAAGAUAUUGACACAUUUGUAGGAAAGCUUGAAAAAUUAGAAUGAAAAUUUGGUAAAAAACAAUUACUGUAGAUUUAUUUAACCUCACAAACCUGCCAUUUUCAAAAAAAAAUUCAACAGACGGAACUUAGAUCAUGAAAAAUGAGCCUUUUCAGAUGUUUCUGAAAAAACAAAAAUGAAUGUCUUCAGUUUGAAAAAAUUUAUUUUCAAUUUGGUCAGAGAUUGUGGAUAUCGAAAAGACGCAGAGAUUUUUAAUUUAAAAAAAUCAAAAAUCAGAAGAUCACAAAGUGAGGAAUUUUGUAGACCACAUUGUGUAACACAAUUCUCAGAAAAAAACUGAAUUUUACAAAAAAGUUCUCGGAACAAGAAAAUGUUAAAUUAAUUUUCCUCCCUGAUUUUCAGCAUAUAUGCAAUCAACAACCUAUGAACUCCUUGCCAAUGUUUAUCUCGGUUAUUCCUAUUGGAUCACUGUAAUUGCAACGUUUUUAAUGUUUUUCGCGACCGCAACUUCAGGCGGACUUGUCAAACCAGAAGAACGUAUACAUUAA